UUGUCAUGGUAACGGGAAUCUCACGUCUGACUUGUCAUGUACGUAUGACGUCAGCAAUCAGCGACUCGUGGGCGGGUGUUCAGUCCCGUCCCCACGUCCGCAGCACACAUGGUGAUGUCUUGUGUAUAAAAAGGUACUUCUUCCCCACGGCAGCACCGGGAGGUCUUCUGGAUUCCCCCUCCGUCGACAGACGUCACCCACUACGCUUUCUACGCCGAUCCAAGCCAGGCCAAUGAGCUUCGAUGAACGGUCCCAGGAACGCGAUUUGAAGGACUCUCUAGGGAAGACAAAUAUGUUAGAAAAAAAUGCACUUUGGCACAAAAGGUACGCCUUCCCCGUGGCAGCACCUUCAUUCUGCUACGAUCCUGAUCCCCAGGGAGGUCUUCUGGAUUUCGCCUCCAUCGACAGACGCUGUCCGCUAUGCUUUCUACGCUGAUCCAAGCCAGGCAAUGAGCUUCGAUGAACGGUCCCAGGAACGCGAUUUGAAGGACUCUCUAAUGAAGACAAAUAUGUUAGGAAGAAAGGCACUUUGGCACAAAAGGUACUCCUUCCCCACGGCAGCAACUUCAUUCCACUGUGAUCCUUGUCCACAGGGAGGUCUUCUGGAUUUCGCCUCCAUCGACAGAUGCCAUCCGCUACGCUUUCUACGCUGAUCCAAGCCAGCUUCGGUGAACGGUCCCAGGAACGCGAUUUGAAGGACUCUCUAAGGAAGACAAAUAUGUUAAAAAGAAAGGCACUUUGGCACAAAAGGUACUCCUUCCCCACGGCAGCACCUUCAUUUCACUGUGAUCCUUGUCUACAGGGAGGUCUUCUGGAUUCCCCCUCCGUCGACAGACGUCACCCACUACGCUUUCUACGCCGAUCCAAGCCAGGCCAAUGAGCUUCGAGGAACGGUCCCAGGAACGUGAUUUGAAGGACUUUCUAGGAAAGACAAAUAUGUUAGAAAAAAAGGCACUUUGGCACAAAAGGUAUUCCUUCCCUGCGGCAGCACCUUCAUUCCGCUACAAUCCUCGACCCCGGGGAGGUCUUCUGGAUUCCCCCUCCAUUGUAGACACCACCCGCUACGCUUUCGUCGCUGAUCCAAGCCAGGUACUCCUUUCCCACGGCAGCACCUUCGUUCCACUGUGAUCCUUGUCCACAGGGAGGUCUUCUGGAUUCCCCCUCCGUCGACAGACGCCGCCCGCUAUGCUUUCUAUGCCGAUCCAAGCCAGGAAGAAGAAAAAUGGCGCACACACCACUCAUGGCUGCCGAUGAGCUUCGAUGAACAGUCCCAGGAACGCGAUUUGAAGGACUCUCUAGGGAAGACAAAUACUGUAUGUUAGAAAAAAAGGCACUUUGGCACAAAAGGUACGCCUUCCCCGUGGCAGCACCUUUAUUCCGAUACGAUCCUGGUCCCCAGGGAGGUCUUCUGGAUUUCCCCUCCAUCAGUAGACACCGCCCGCUACGCUUUCUACGCCGAUCCAAGCCAGGCCAAUGAGCUUCGAGGAACGGUCCCAGGAAUGCGAUUUGAAGGACUCUCUAGGAAAGACAAAUAUGUUAGAAAAAAAGGCACUUUGGCACAAAAGGUACGCCUUCCCCGCGGCAGCACCUUCAUUCCGCUACAAUUCUCGACCCCCGGGGAGGUCUUCUGGAUUCCCCCUCCAUUGUAGACACCGCCCGCUACGCUUUCGUCGCUGAUCCAAGCCAGGCCAAUGAGCUUCGAGGAACGGUCCCAGGAACGUGAUUUGAAGGACUCUCUAGGGAAGACAAAUAUGUUAGGAAGAAAGGCACUUUGGCACAAAAGGUACUCCUUCCCCACGGCAGCACCUUCGUUCCACUGUGAUCCUUGUCCACAGGGAGGUCUUCUGGAUUCCCCCUCCGUCGACAGACGCCACCCGCUACGCUUUCUAUGCCGAUCCAAGCCAGGAAGAAGAAAAACUGCGCACACACCACCCAUAGCUGCCAAUGAGCUUCGAUGAACGGUCCCAGGAACGCGAUUUGAAGGACUCUCUAGGGAAGACAAAUAUGUUAGGAAGAAAGGCACUUUGGCACAAAAGCAGGUACUCCUUCCCCACGGCAGCACCUUCGUUCCACUGUGAUCCUUGUCCACAGGGAGGUCUUCUGAAUUCCCCCUUCAUCGACAGACGCCGCCCGCUACGCUUUCUACGCCGAUCCAAGCCUGGUAGAAGAAAAACGGUGCACACACCACCCAUGGCUGCCGCCAAGCUUUGGUGAACGGUCCCAGGAACGCAAGUCAGAGGCCUGUCUAGGGAAGACCUAUAUGUUAGAAAAAAAGGCACUUUGGCACAAAUGGUACGCCUUCCCCACGGCAGCACCUUCGUUCCACUGCUGUCCUCAUCCCCCGAGAAGUUUUCUGGACUCCCCCUCCGUCGUCAGAUGCCGCCCGUUACGCUUUCGACGCCUAUCCAAGCCAGGCCAAUGAGCUUCGAUGAACGGUCCCAGGAACGCGAUUUGAAGGACUCUAGGGAAGACAAAUAUGUUAGAAAGAAAGGCACUUUGGCAGAAAAGGUAGCGCUUACAACCUGUCAAAAAAAGGGUAUGAGGGCACCCCUGGAGCCUCACCUGAUCAGGAGGCAUCACCGUGGCUGGACCUCGUCAACUUGCCUUUCGCUGGCCUCACACUGGGCUUCGUCUGGACGUCCAUGGGGUCGGCUAAGUGCGAUUAUGCUUCUGUAUCUUCUUUUGAGGGUACGCCUUCCCUGCGGCAGCACCUUCGUUCCACUGCUGUCCUCGUCCCCAGGGAGGUCUUUUGGACUCCCCAUCUGUUGUCAGACGCCGCCCGUUACGCUUUCGGCGCCGAUCCAAGCAAGGCUGAUGAGCUUCGGUGAACAGUCUCAGGAACGUGAUUCGAAGGACUCUCUAGGGCAGACAAAUACAUUUGAAAAAAGGCACUUUGGCACAAAAGUUACGCUUUCCCUGCGGCAGCACCUUCGUUCCACUGUGAUCCUCGUCCCCAGUGUGUUCUUCUGGAUUCCCCCUCCGUUGACAGACGCCGCCCACUACGAUUUCAACGCCGAUCCAAGCCAGGCUGAUGAGCUUUGGUGAACGGUCCAAGGAACGUUAUUCAAAGGACUCUCUAGGGAAGACAAAUAUGUUAGAAAGAAAGGCACUUUGGCACAAAAGGUACGCCUUCCCCACGGCAGCACUUACGUUUCACUGUGAUCCUCGUUCCCAGUGAGUCCUUCUGGAUUCCCCCUCCGUCGGCAGACACCGCCCGCUAUGCUUUCGACGCCUAUCCAAGCCAGGCCGAUGAGCUUCGGUGAACGAUCCCAGGAACAUGGUUCGGGGGACUCUCCAGGCAACAGAAAGAUGUGAGGACCAGGCACUCGCACAAAGGAAAGAUGUGGAUCACGGUAGUGCUGCUGCUGAAUCGGGUUCCAGCUCUGUCUCCAGCAUCCACUAAAGAGACCCGCACCUGCCUACCAUCCUGCGGUGCAGCCUGACUCUGCAGUCCUCCGUGGCUGAUCCAGUUUCCAGCUUCCAGCUAUUUCAUCUGCUUCCAGCAGUAUCCACUACCACAGGUAAUCAUCCUUCAACUCCUCUGUUUCCACGCUCCCUAGCAUCUUACUAUAUUCACUCCGUGUUUCAUCAGCUGGCUGGUUCCACCCAGCAUUCAUUCAGUGACUUUAUCAUCUGGCUGAUUCCAUUCCGCAUCCACUCCGUGUCUUACCACCUGGCUGGUUCCAUCCAGCAAUUACAACAGCUGAUUCAAGUUACCAGCUUCAUCUGUUCCAUCUACUGGCAUGUUCCUUGGAUAUCUUCACUACUACAGCCAGGCCUGGUAAGGUUAUUCCAUCUAAGGACUUUAACAACUGUUCUUAACCUACCAGUGUCCUGUAAAACCAUUUCAUGGUCAGAGUGCUCCAGGAAUCAUAUUAUUUAUCAUUGCCAUUUUUAUUAUUUGCUGUCUGUUGUUACACGGAGUUUGUCAAUAAACUUUUAAUUUACUUUUA